GAUUCUAAAAUAUUCUUCGACUGUCCAAAUCCGCGUCAGGCGAACGUACAAUUCAUUCUAAAAAACAGUGUGCCCAGACUGAGCCAUGUAGACAUGCCAACUUGCCGGCCCGACCUGUGUGAUCAGUGCCCGCGGGUCUACCUGCCAGUGUGCUCCUCUGACUCCAAGACCUACCGCAACGAGUGCUUCUUCAUGUGCCGGCGAGCCAACAACACCAUCACCGUGCUGCACAAGGGAGUGUGCAUGCACUGGCUCUGGCAGUUCUAUGCGCCCAGACUGAGCCAUGUAGACGUGCCAACUUGCCGGCCCGACCUGUGUGACCAGUGCCCGCGGGUCUACCUGCCAGUGUGCUCCUCUGACUCCAAGACCUACCGCAACGAGUGCUUCUUCAUGUGCCGGCGAGCCAACAACACCAUCACCGUGCUGCACAAGGGAGUGUGCAUGCACUGGCUCUGUGCGCCCAGACUGAGCCAUAUAGACGUGCCAACUUGCCGGCCCGACCUGUGUGAUCAGUGCCCGCGGGUCUACCUGCCAGUGUGUUCCUCUGACUCCAAGACCUACCGCAACGAGUGCUUCUUCAUGUGCCGGCGAGCCAACAGCACCAUCAGCGUGCUGCACAAGGGAGUGUGCAUGCACUGGCUGUGUGCGCCCAGACUGAGCCAUAUAGACGUGCCAACUUGCCGGCCCGACCUGUGUGAUCAGUGCCCGCGGGUCUACCUGCCAGUGUGCUCCUCUGACUCCAAGACCUACCGCAACGAGUGCUUCUUCAUGUGCCGGCGAGCCAACAACACCAUCACCGUGCUGCACAAGGGAGUGUGCAUGCACUGGCUCUGGCAGUUCUAA